CUCGUCUCGGCGGGGAGGAGCCAGCCCGGGGCAGGCUGCAGCAGCCGGGGCUGGCCGGCCGCCAGCAAGAGUAAAACCCUGGCCGGUGGGUGGCAAAUUUCGCCAGAUCGCGGCGAGGAGGCAGCGCGUCCGUCCGUCCGUGUGUCCGUGCGUGCGGCGGGCGCGGAGCCGCAGUACAGCCCGGCCCGGUUCCUUCCACUGCCAAACACAUUCAGUGCCACUGUCUUCUCCACGGGACAUCAGCCACAGCCACGCAUCAUUCCAGCAGUGACCCCAGUCAAUGCAGCUCCUGGCUGUCUAUGCUGACAAGAGCAGUCCAAAACACAGCUAUUUUUUCCUGCCUUUUCCAGUCAUAUGACGAUUUGUUCAUGAGUGCUUCAGCUCCUCCGUCAUGCAGCGCGUGUCACAGCCCGACACGGUGUGGGACUGCUAGCCCAGGGCUGCCUCUGCUCUGGCUGAGUCCUUGGGCUUGAAGACUCCUGGGCAUUGCUGAGAGUGGAGAGAGGAGCCUUUCUGAUGGUGCUGCCCUGCUGCAGCUGACCCUAUGAAAGGAGGGCUCACCGCAGCCGUGUCCUUGGCGCUGCAGCUGCACAGGAUGGGCUCGUUCAGGCGGCCUCGCCCUCGCUUCAUGAGCUCCCCUGUGCUCAGCGACCUGCCUCGCUUCCAGGCAGCCCGGCAGGCCAUGCAGCUCAGCUCCAACUCUGCCUGGAACAGUGUGCAAACAGCAGUGAUAAAUGUGUUCAAAGGGGGAGGCUUGCAGAACAAUGAACUUUACACCCUCAAUGAAAAUAUCAGACGGCUGCUGAAGAGUGAACUCGGAUCCUUCAUCACAGAUUACUUUCAGAACCAGCUCCUUGCAAAAGGUUUGCUGUUUCUGGAGGAGAAGGUCAAGCUGUGUGAAGGUGAGGAUCGCAUUGAUGUCCUGUCUGAAAUCUGGGAUCACUAUUUUACAGAGACUCUUCCUACACUCCAGGCAAUAUUCUACCCAGUCCAGGGUCAGGAGUUGACUAUCCGUCAGAUUGCUCUUCUUGGCUUCAGAGACUUGGUCUUGCUAAAAGUAAAGUUGGAAGAAAUUCUUCCCCUGGUCCAGACAAGGGUUCCAGCUUCCAUUGUCCAGAUGCUGUUAAUUCUGCAGAGUGUCCAUGAACCUACUGGCCCCACUGAGGGCUACCUACAGCUGGAAGAACUGGUCAAGCAGGUGGUGUCACCAUUCUUGGGUUUGUGUGAGGAUCACAGCUCCUCUGGUAGCACCUGCUUGCUUGAGAGGCGCUACUCCAGAGCCCGAGCCAAGGCGCUGACGCCGCUGACGGAGCAGGAGGGCGAGGCCUACCUGGAGAAGUGCGGCAGCGUCCGCCGGCACACGGUGGCCAACGCCCACUCGGACAUCCAGCUGCUGGCCAUGGCCUCCAUGAUGCACACAGCCAUGGUGGUGGAGGAGGCAGACACUGCUGACAAGUGCCUGCUGCUGCAGCCCAGCUGCUUCGGCCACAGGCAGUGCUCCAGCGAGCCCAGCAUCGCCGACGGCCCCGAGGCGGAGGCCGGCAGGCAGGACCCUGCCCAGCUCAGCUGCACCUCUGUCAGCUAGGGAGCCUGCCUGAGCCUGCACAGCUGCUUGCCCUCAGCUGCACAAAGGGCUGUGCCAUCCCUGCCUGGGACAAGGAGAAAAAUACCAGUUUAGCUCAUGUCAUUGAAAUGGGCUCGUGGGUUCUUCUGGUUGAGAAUGCUCUCUGGAUGGGUUCUGGUGGCUGAGAAUGCUCUCUGGAUGGGUUCCUCUGCCUGAGAAUGCUCUCUGGAUGGGUUCCUCUGCCUGAGAAUGCUCUCUGGAUGGGCUCCUCUGGCUGAGAAUGCUCUCUGGAUGGGCUCCUCUGGCUGAGAAUGCUCUCUGGAUGGGCUCCUCUGGCUGAGAAUGCUCUCUGGAUGGGCUCCUCUGGCUGAGAAUGCUCUCUGGAUGGGCUCCUCUGGCUGAGAACGCUCUCUGGAUGGGUUCUUGUGCCUGAGAACGAUCUCUGGAUGGGUUCCUGUGGCUGAGAGUGCUCUCUGGAUGGGUUCCUGUGCCUGAGAAUGCUCUCUGGAUGGGAUCCUGUGCCUGAGAAUGCUCUCUGGAUGGGUUCCUCUGCCAGUCUGGCAUCAUUGUUGAUGGAGGUACCAGGCUGCUCCCAAAUGACCACUGAGGGCUGCAAAGGUUUUGCUGUUGAACAGCACAUUCUGCCUUCUGUAAGCUUUCUCCCUCUACUAGUAUAAAUCUUUUGGCAUCAGGUUUCCUUCUUUUUCUUUGGUAUGAUACAAAAUGAGUUCUUUCUGCUUUUCUCCAUCUUUCCCAGUUGUGCUGCUUUAUUCUUUGUCCCUGCAAUGGAGGCCUCUGUGCUCAGUGUUCUCUUUGCUUCUGGUGCUAGCAUGGUGAAUGCUGAGCACUUCAUUUCUCUUCUAAAGUUGAACUCAGGUAUGAAAUCAUUUGCAUCCUGCAGAAAUAUCUGCUGAGCUGGAUUGUGAGAGAAGAUCCUUCACUUUGCUUCCUAUGGGCAUGGAUGAAAAGUCCAAAUCAGAAUUAAAUCAGACUUAUUUUUCCCAGGCCCAGAGAGAACCAAGUAUAUGUGGAGUCUGAGCUGAGUACUUCAUAUGUAUUUUAUUUGAUUCCAGUCAUAUCUUGGGGGUUCUGGUGUAAAUUGGGUGCAAAGUAUACUGAGCAUCCUGGCAUUUGGCAUCAAUUUGCUCUCAGAAUUUCAGUGGUGAUACGGCUGUGAUAAAGAGAAAAUCAAAUGGGAAGGAGAUGCUGCACUUGUGUGGGAGAUGCAAAGGUGCUUCUCAGCACUGAGCCGUCGUGACUGCAGAUCAGGAGGUGAUGAUCAGGAUCUCAUCCUGGGUCUACCCCGGUGCUUUUAGCACUUGUGGAUUUCAUGAGACCAAGAAUAAUCAGCAGGGUGUGGAAAGAGCCUGUCUCAGUGUAUUCAUGAAGUGCUCCUGACCUCCAGUGGUGUCUGACUCAGUGCAGUAUUGCUUUUAAGAUGAAGUGAGAGCUCUUUGCAAUCUUUGGGUGUGUUUUGUUGUGAAGGUGAGGAGUGGUCCAGUCUGCAGGUGUCUGUGUCAGGCACUGCAGUCUGCAGUGUCUGCUUUGUAGCAUCACUUGGUACUCCAAUGCUGCUUCUGUGGGACAGAUUCAAUUUGUUUGAGCUGUCCCCAGGAUACUCUACUGAGGUCUUGCUAAGCAGAUUUGCAAGUGUAAUUACAGGCUUAGAGGUGAGCUGCAGUGCUGCCUUAAAUGUCAAAUCCCAUUAAAAAUAUGGACACAGCACAACUACCACUUGAAUCUACUCCAAGUGGUACUGUAAAUAAGUGUGUCUUGACAAGGAAACAGAGGAUUAGGGUGAGCCUUCGGGAUGUUUUUUUGCAUGCUAUGACAUUAACUGCAGAAUUUGCCCUGCUUCUGUUGGGCCUUAAACAUCUGCUCCACUGGCUGCACUGGAAGUACAGCUCUGACCUGCCAGGAUUUGGCAUUAGUAGCACGUGCAGCAAAAGGAGAGCAGGUUAUUAUUUGGCAACAAAGCACCAGAAAUACCAGCUAUGAGCACAAGCCAUGCUGCCUUGAUAAAUGAGGGUGUUGCUUUGUCUACUGUGGUUUGCAGUGUUGGGAGAGAUACUUAGAGCCUCCUUUUCCCUCCUGUCACCAGAGCCCUUGGCCUUUGGGGAAAGCUGAGUGUUUGGGUCCCCAGCUGUGCAUUGCAUGCCAGGAAAAGAUGUUCAGUUGUGCUGGCUGCCUCCUCCUCAGGGCACCCCCAGUCCAGCAGAGGCCAGGAAGAUGUGCCUUUAAGCAGUGUUCCCUUCAGAUGGAUUAUAGGAUAAGUUGCUCUCCUGCUCAUAAAUUGGACUGACCAGGCCAGGCUACUGUCACCUGCCCCCACGGACAGCCAUGGAUUGUGGUGGAGUGAAGAAUCUCUGUAGUGUCAGCCAAGCCAUGCUGGUGUCAGCCUGGCACAGAUGAUGGUGUCCUGCUCACAGUUGAUUCCUUUGGCCCCUUGCUCAUUUAAAGCCUUCUCUUAGCCACACUGAGGUGUGUGCAGCAUUUCAGUUCACUUUUAUGAAUGCUUUUCUUCUUUCUGCUUCUCCUGUAACCCAUUUGCCUUCUGUAAAUACCCAAACCAUUUUGAUUAGAGAGCAGCACCCUCUUUUAUUGUGAAAAUUAGAAUGAUUUAUUUAUUUCCUGACUUAUUCUUGGAUCAUCUCUAGGACUAAGAGAAGUUAGUCCUGGUUUUAACUUGAAUUUCUUUUAUUUUACACAUAUGUAUGAUUUUAAUUAUUUUGGUUUUUUGUAUCUGUUACUUUGCAAAAAUUUGCACCGAGCCCUCUGAAUCAUGCACUUGCCCCAUUGUUUUGUUUUUACAGAGAAUUAAAGCUGGUGGCUUUACUUUGUAAACGGAAGUAAA